AGAUCGAGAUGGGCGAGAACAGGGCACAAAAAUUUCCUUUAAUUCCCAAAAGUGGGACCUUUUUCCAUGUAUAAAAUGAGGGGGAGAGGGAGCCCCGUGCUCAUCAUCAACUCAUCCCAACUCACGUUUAUUUCAUUCAAUUGAUCUCCGUGUGCGUUUCUGAAGCAAUUGGAAAGAUCACCGGAGACAAUGUCUGAACGCGCCUUGGCUCGUGCCCAGAGUGUUCGGGAGCGCAUCGGCGACUCCCUUUCGUCCCGCCCUAACGAACUCAUCGCGCUCUUCUCAAGGUUCAUUAGUCAGGGAAAGGGAAUGCUUCAACCUCACCAGCUGCUGGCUGAAUACGAAGCUGCAUUCUCGGAAGCCGAUAAAGCAAAGCUGAAGGACGGAUCAUUCGAAGAUGUUAUCAAGGCUGCACAGGAAGCCAUAGUCAUUCCUCCAUGGGUCGCUUUAGCUAUACGGCCGCGGCCAGGAGUUUGGGAGUACGUUCGGGUGACCAUAAGUGAGCUCGCCGUGGAGGAAUUGACUGUGCCUGAGUACCUGCAUUUCAAGGAGCAACUUGUUGAAGAAAAGUGGGUGAUGAUGAACAUCGAUGGACAGAAUGAUGACUUUGUCUUGGAGUUGGAUUUUGAGCCCUUCAACGCUUCGUUCCCUCGUCCCUCGCUAUCUAAGUCGAUUGGCAACGGCGUGCAGUUCCUUAAUCGACACCUUUCCUCAAAGUUGUUCCAGGACAAAGAAAGCCUUUAUCCCUUGCUGAAUUUCCUCCGGAAGCACAAUUACAAGGGCACGUCGAUGAUGCUGAACGACAGAAUUCAAAGUCUUGGUGCUCUUCAAGCUUCACUAAGGAAGGCGGAGCAAUAUCUUCUGAGUAUCCCAUCAGACACUCCAUACUCCCAAUUCAAUCACCGAUUCCAAGAGCUCGGACUAGAAAAGGGAUGGGGAGACACGGCUCAGCGCGUGCAUCAAAACAUCCAAUUACUUCUUGAUCUCAUGGAGGCACCGGAUCCCUGCACCUUGGAGAAUUUCCUUGGAAUCAUUCCGAUGGUGUUCAACGUCGUAAUCCUUUCUCCGCAUGGCUACUUCGCGCAAGCUAAUGUCUUGGGGUAUCCCGACACUGGUGGUCAGGUUGUUUACAUUCUGGAUCAAGUCCGUGCCUUGGAGAACGAAAUGCUGCUCAGGAUCAAGCAGCAAGGACUCGACAUCACACCUAGAAUUCUCAUUGUGACCAGAUUGCUUCCUGAUGCAGUAGGCACUACUUGCGGACAGAGACUUGAGAAAGUUCUUGGAACCGAGCACACUCACAUUCUUCGAGUCCCAUUUAGAAGUGGGAAUGGAAUUGUUCGCAAAUGGAUCUCUCGUUUUGAAGUAUGGCCUUUCCUAGAGACCUACACUGAGGACGUCGCAAAUGAGUUGGCAGGAGAGCUGCAAGCAAUCCCUGACCUGAUCAUUGGCAACUACAGCGAUGGCAAUCUAGUCUCCACUUUGCUGGCACACAAAUUAGGAGUAACUCAGUGCACCAUUGCCCAUGCACUGGAGAAAACCAAGUAUCCUAACUCAGACAUUUACUGGAAGAAGUUUGAGAAUCAGUAUCACUUCUCAUGUCAGUUCACAGCUGAUUUGAUCGCCAUGAAUCAUGCUGACUUUAUCAUCACUAGCACCUUCCAGGAGAUUGCCGGAAGCAAGGAUACUGUUGGGCAGUACGAAACUCACACUGCCUUUACUAUGCCUGGGCUCUACCGAGUUGUUCACGGAAUCGACGUCUUUGAUCCAAAGUUUAACAUUGUCUCCCCUGGAGCCGAUAUGUCCAUCUACUUCCCGUGCUCGGAGACGAGCAAGAGACUCACUUCUCUCCACCCUGAGAUUGAGGAACUGCUCUUCCAUCCGGAAGACAACACUGAGCACAAGGGCAUGCUUAAGGACACCAAGAAACCCAUUAUUUUCUCCAUGGCGAGGCUGGACCGAGUAAAGAACCUGACAGGCUUGGUCGAGUUCUAUGGCCGAAAUGAACGCUUGAAGGAGCUGGUGAACCUUGUGGUCGUGUGCGGAGACCACGGAAAAGAAUCCAAGGACAAGGAGGAACAGGCGGAGUUCAAGAAGAUGUACGAUUUGAUCGAACAGUACGACCUCCACGGACACAUUCGCUGGAUCUCCGCGCAGAUGAACCGUGUCCGCAAUGGCGAGCUCUACCGAUACAUCGCUGACACAAAAGGAGCUUUUGUUCAACCUGCCUUCUACGAAGCCUUCGGACUCACCGUCGUCGAAGCCAUGACUUGUGGUCUGCCGACGUUUGCGACUGUUCAUGGAGGACCUGGAGAGAUUAUUGUAGAUGGAGUAUCAGGCUUCCACAUUGAUCCUUACCAGGGCGACAAGGCUUCUGAGAUCAUUGUAAAUUUCUUUGACAAGUGCAAGGAAGACCCGUCUCACUGGGAAAAAAUCUCGCAAGGAGGGUUACGAAGAAUCGAAGAGAAGUACACAUGGAAGCUCUACUCAGAGAGACUGAUGACACUGUCCGGAGUCUAUGGUUUCUGGAAGUACGUCUCCAAUCUCGAUAGGCGUGAAACUCGUCGAUAUCUCGAGAUGUUUUACGCUCUCAAAUAUCGCAAUUUGGCUGACUCUGUUCCUCUUGCAGUUGAUGGAGAAGCUGCUGUUAAUGGCAGCAAGUAGUUCCAUCUUGCAUCUAUCUGGGUUGGUUUGUUUGGAUUUCUCAAACUUAAGGAAGAGGCUAGCUUUAUUAGAUAUGAUCAAUAAUUUCCUUAAUCUGUGCAAGGUCAUUGGUGGGGUGGGGGGAGUUAUUGUCUUUGAAGUUAUCAAAAUGUUGUCUUACAGACUGUUGUGGUUGUGCUGCAAUAAAGUAGCUUCCUUUGUCACAAAAAACCUUCCAUUUAAUCCCCAUAAUUUACAUCAAUAUUCCACAAUUAUCAAACAAGCACAACCCAAUCCAACACUUACCUUAUCUUUCUCUGUUCUGAUCAAGUCUCAAUCCAUGGCUAUAAGUUCAAUCUUGAGCAAAAUUUACACAGUCUGAGAGUUCAAACACCACUGGCUAGUGACUUGAAUAUGAGGUUCUUUACAUUCGUACAUGUAGCACAUUAAUCAACAUUAAUUCUCUCCAUGAAGAUAUUUUGGACAAUGGUGUAACAGUUAGGCCUUUCAAGUAAUUAAUCAGAUAUUUAAGAAUAGAAUCUUAGCAUACUGUAAGGAUUUUCCUCUAGUUGAAUGACAACUCUAAGAAUAUUGACCAUUUGGAUAGAGAUCUGUGAGCACUUCCCGAUUUAUUCUAGUGGUCGAUAAGAAAUUUUCAUAGGACUAGACCAAUUAUCUCUAGAAUUAAUUAAUUCGAAUAGUUAAAUACUUGGAUGGAAUGACCUAUCAUAGUUCUGUAAUAUUAGACUACAAUGAGUUGUCAAUGUAGAGCUCUUCUCUUAAAAAUCAAAGUAUAGGAAGAGUACAUCUUUCUGUUGGUGAUCAACAUGCGAUCUUGCUCCCAUGUCAACUCACUAAUCUCCUAGGGUAUAAACCAUGUUACCUUCGAAUAGUAAUAUUGGCGUAAGAAUUAAAUGAGAUCUAACAUUCCAAUCAUAAGAGAAUUUGGCUCAAGAUGUGCAUUUAAUCUUGGGCCUUUUGCUUUUGUUUUUUUGGUUAUGGGUUGGAUUUGGUCAUUCUUAGGGUGCCUCCUCUUCUUGUUAGUUUUUGGCUUUAGGGUUUGAUUCAUGUGGAUACUAAAUGGCAUAUAUAUUGAUUCUGUCCGAAAGCGUGAAGUUGGAAGGUUGGGGAGGUGGCGGCUCCGCUGACUGGCUGUGGACCCCCCUUUAUAAACGUCAGUGCCGAGCCAGGGUAGGGGUCCUUGGCGUUGGCCCUCCGAUGCUCAAGUCAAUCAUCGUAAACAGGGGUGGAACUAGAAAAAAAAUUCAGGGGGGCUGAAUUGUAUAGAUAUUUUUUUGUGCGACUAAAUAAAAAUAUUUAAUAAUUAAAAUUUUACAUCAACUUUUGCAUAAUAUACGAUGUUGCAGAAACUAUACACAUGAAGUCUGAAAUCUAACUGACAAAGAAGUUAAGCUCUAGCCUAUUCAUUUCCAGUGUGUCGAUCCCUCCAAGGCUCUAACUCUUGCAUAAUAUACGUUGCUGCAGAAACUACAGCCAAAUAAACAUGAACGUCACUUACAUAAAUCAUAAUAUGCAUGAAAUUCUCAUAACAAAUAGUGUAGAACAUAGCAAAAAAAGAGGUUCAAUUUUGAGGAAUCAAUGAUAAACAAAGAACACUUUAAUAACAAAUAUUUCUGCCAAUAUAGAAGCAAUAAGAAAUAGUUGUACAUCUCAUUUUGCAACCCACUUGAUAACUAACAACAUGAAACACUCUCCAUGCAAAAGCUAUUAGCCUAUUAAGUUAAUCGCAACCAAUUGAUCUUGUUGAAUACUUAGGAUUCUCAUUUAUACCAUAUAACAGACUGAAUACUAAUACUUAUAAUAUGUGAUUGAAAUGAUAUUGUUAGAGUUUACCAAGAAUCCAAGAGACUAGAACCUGAGAACCUUUCCCUUGUCCCACUUAAUACUCGACCGAAUCUCCAUAAGACCAUAACCUGAUAAAUUAACAUUGAGAACAUUUGAUCUAAUUUGUAAGAAAAAAAAACUAGAAGUUUAGGAAAGAUUAGUCUACCUUUCUUCCAUAGGUGAGCUUCAUUUCUGGGUUGGCACAGAAGUCUGCGACGACUGACGAGUCGGUACAAAAGGAGAUAAUUGGAUUCUACGAGACUGCAUUCGUUGAAAAUGUG